AUGAAGGCGUCUAUGUUCCUUGUCGGCGCUAGCGCCAUCCUGGCCUCGGCCAGCCCCAUCCGCGCUCCUCUCGAGAAGCGUCUCGAGAAGCGUGUCCUCACCACUGAGUGGGUCUAUGAGUAUGUCACCGUCACCGUCACUGAGGGCGAUGCCCCCGAGACCGAGAAGCCUGCGCCCACCGCCGUUGUCUUCCUUGAGGAGCCCUCGCAGCCUGCUCCUGAGCCCACCACCCAGGUUAAGAAGCCUGUGAGCCGCCGACCCAAGCAGCAGCCUACUACCAAGGAGGCUCCCGCCCCCAAGCCUACCUAUGUCGAGCCCGAGCCCGAGCCCGUGAAGGAGGAGCCUUCGGUUGUCGUUGUCACCACCAAGCAGGAGCCCACCACCAAGGAGGAGGCUAAGCCCGUCGCCACUGAGGAGUCUGGCAGCUCCAGCGGUUCCUACGACCUGUCCCUUGAGGGUGACUACAAGUCCAUCAUGCUCAACUACCACAACAUCCACCGCUCCAACCACUCUGCUCCCGAUCUGGUCUGGGACGAGACCCUUGCCGGCUAUGCUGAGAACACCGCCAACGGUUGCGUUUUCGAGCACGACAUGAACCAGGGCAACGGUGGCUACGGCCAGAACCUCGCCUCUUGGGGUGCUACUGGUGACAUCGAUGACAUGCAGAAGAAGUCCGCCGCCGGUGGUAUCACCAACCAGUGGUACAACAGUGAGAUGGGCAACUGGGCCUUCUACGGCCAGGAGAACCCCCCUGAUGGCAUGGACAUCCAGCUCUACGGCCACUUCACCCAGGUUGUCUGGAAGGACUCCACCAAGGUCGGCUGCGCCACUGUCAAGUGCCCUGCUGGCUCCGUCCUUCAGUACCCCUCUUGGUACACCGUCUGCAACUACAACCCUCAGGGUAACUUUGGCGGCCGCUACGGCGACAACGUCCUCCAGCCCAAGGGUGAGAAGCGCGUCACCGUCUAA